AUGAGAGAGGGGUUUGCUAAAAGCAUUGUAGGACCGCCACAUCGUUUCUCUCAUCUUCCUCCCUUCCCAUCUUCUCAGACAAUGUUGCGCACAAAACAACUAGGUGUUCUUUCCCAAUCAGCUAGAUCUUUCUUCUUCAGUGGAACAAGAUGUAGUGCAGAUGGAAGUUCAUGCACAUGUCCAGAAGAUGAAGCUUGCACUUCCAAAAGGCAAAUCCCUAACACAAACAGAACCCGAAAUCCACAAACAACAUCAUCCACCUUUGUGCCCAAAUCUUCUAUUCAACCCAAUACCAACAUAGUUGACCAUACACCAAAGUCCAAACCCGAUUGUGUAACAUAUGCUGAUGAAAUUGACACCUCAAUCCAGCCAUCUGGUCUUACAACCGGGCACUUUGUUCGGGCAGGGAUCGCAGCAGUCAACUUUCUAAACGAUGUGGUCAACUACAAGAUUCCCAUGACCGAAGGGUCAAGUCAAAAUUAUGUGGUUGACCAUGGCCGACCUAUUCCAAAUGUCAAACCUUACAAAAAAGUUAUUCCUGAAAAAACAACUUCGAGUGAUAAAUCAUCGAAUGUUAAAGUGUACAAAAAGAUUGAACCACAAACAUCUUCUCAAAAAAACUCCACAAGUGUCGAGAAAGGCAAACCAUCGGGUAAAACUGCCCCCAACUUUCAAAACCAGAACACGAAAAGAUCAAAAGAUUGUGUAAACCAGUUCAUGGUAACACGAGGAAUAUCAACAAAACCCGUUUCACAACCGGGUCGACAGUUUUCCGGUUCCGGUCAUAUGGUGGAAACAGUUUGUCAGAUAUUGAGACAAUCAAAGUGGGGCCCGGGAGUUGAACAAGCGUUAUGGAAUCUAAACGGGUCAUUAGAUGUAUACCAAGCGAAUCAAGUACUCAAACAGCUUCAAGAUCAUUCAAUAGCUCUUAACUUUUUCUACUGGUUAAAAACUCAACCCGGGUUUAACCACGAUGGUCACACUUACACAACCAUGGUUGGGAUCUUGGGUCGGGCCAAACAAUUCGGGUCAAUCGAUAAAUUACUUGAUCAAAUGGUUCGAGAUGGAUACCCCCCAAAUGUUGUCACAUACAAUCGUUUAAUCCAUAGCUAUGGGCGUGCAAAUUUUCUAAAAAAAUCACUCGAGAUUUUCGAUCAAAUGCAAAAAGAAGGGGUGAAACCCGAUAGGGUUACAUAUUGUACCCUAAUUGACAUCCAUGCGAAAGCGGGGUAUCUUGAUAUUGCCAUGGGUAUGUAUCAAAGAAUGCAAGAAGCCGGACUUUCACCCGAUACAUUCACUUUCAGUGUAAUCAUAAAUUGUUUGGGAAAAGCGGGUCAUUUAGACGCAGCGUUGAAAUUAUUUUGUGAAAUGGUUAGUCAAGGUUGUGUCCCGAAUUUAGUGACGUAUAAUAUCAUGAUUGCGUUACAAGCAAAAGCAAGAAACUACCCGAUUGCUUUGAAGGUGUAUCGAGACAUGCAAAACGCCGGAUUCGAGCCCGAUAACGUGACAUAUAGUAUAGUAAUGGAGGUUCUUGGACAUUGCGGGUAUCUUGAAGAAGUGGAAGCCGUAUUUACGGAAAUGACCCGAAAAAACUGGGUCCCGGAUGAGCCCGUGUACGGGCUUCUUGUUGACUUGUGGGGUAAAUCGGGAAAUGUCGAAAAAGCGUGGGGGUGGUAUCGAGCGAUGUUAGACGCGGGGUUACUUCCGAAUGUUCCCACUUGUAAUUCUUUGUUAAGCGCGUUUCUUCGGGUGCAUAGGCUUUCGGAUGCGUAUAGUUUAGUUCAAAGUAUGCGUAGUCUAGGGCUAAAUCCGUCUUUACAGACGUACACUUUACUUCUUAGUUGUUGUACGGAGGCUCAAACGGCGGUUGACAUGCGGUUUUUUCACGAGGUGAUGUGUCUCACGGGCCACCCUGCGGACCGUUUUCUUCGGUCAAUGCCGUCCGCGGGGCCCGACGGGCAAAAUGUGAGGGAUCACGUGACAAAGUUUUUGGAUCUUAUGCAUAGUGAGGAUAGGGAAAGUAAACGCGGACUUGUGGACGCGGUGGUUGACUUUUUACAUAAGUCGGGGUUGAAGGAGGAGGCGGGGUCCGUUUGGGAAGUGGCGGCGCGGAAGAAUGUGUAUCCGGACGCGGUUAGGGAGAAGAGCGCGUGUUAUUGGCUUAUAAAUCUUCAUGUGAUGUCGGAUGGGACAGCUGUCACGGCGUUAUCGCGUACAUUGGCGUGGUUUAGGAGGGAGAUGAUGUCAUCGGGGGUUUGUCCAAGUAGGAUUGAUAUUGUGACGGGGUGGGGCCGGAGGAGUCGGGUGACGGGGAGUUCGAUGGUUAGGGAAUCGGUUAGGGAAUUGCUUAAUUUGUUUCGGUUUCCGUUUUUUAUGGAGAAUGGGAAUUCGGGGUGUUUUGUGGGGUGUGGGGAACCGCUUAGUAAGUGGUUGGUUCAGUCAGAAUUUAUGCAGGAGAAGAGCGAUUGUUUCUGUUCUUUCGUUUUGAGAUUUGAAGUCAUUAGACUGAUUUGGGAGAGUUUAGGGAAUUUUAGCAAAUGGGGUCAUGGAUCUUCUUCGUCCCCUUUAAACAUCUUAUGA